AUGAUGCGCUCCGGGCCACCUGCUGCUUUCUCAUUGGCAGGUGCGCAACUGGGAACCGAAAGUGUCUAUCGGUCCUCUUUGCGGAACCUGCCUCCCUUUGGCCUCGCCAGCGCCCGGAUGUAGGACCUCCCCCUUUCUCUUUCUUCCCCCCCGCCCACCUUUGCCUAUUUUUGAUUCGGAAACGAACGGGCCCCGCCUCUUCGGCUCUGACUGGCAGCGGCCUCCGCAAACCGUCCUGAGUCUUUGCUUGUGGUUGUUUUUUUGCGUGUGCGCUUUUUAUUGUCCCGCCUCGGCUUCCGUAGGCCUAACUUCCGGCUUGGCACACCGGAAGCGGCGGAAAGCAGGCAGGAAGGCGGUGCAGGAGCGGCACGGAGAGCCCCCCAAGAUGGUGAGUUGCCCUGAGAGGGCGAGGGCGGCGCGAAAGGCCGGGGCAGAGGCCCACGAGGAGCCGCUCCGCCCAGCCCCGUCUCUUCCUCUUCCCUCGGUGACUGGGGGACGGAGCUGUCCGUCUUCGUGGCCUUCGGCGCCUCGGCCUGGCGCCCCUCGAGCUCUCGCUGUGCUCACGGCUGCCCUCCUCCUUGCCGGCCGGGCUGGUGAGAGGCGGAGCCCGGCAGGGCACGGAGGGCCGCGGUGAGAUGCAGCUGCUGGGCACUGUGGGCCCUCCGGACGCUGCUGGGCACCCGGCUCCCAACAGCCGCAGCCAGCGUGGUCGGGGGUGAAUUUGGCUUGAUGCUAUUUAACAUCAGAGUAUAUUUAACUUCGUUAAAUGGUUCCUCCCAUGUUGAACGCCCAGGAUUCCCAGGCUGGCCUCGUGAUCGGCAUCGGGGUGGUGCCUUCAGACCUUACCUUGGGUACAGGGGUGUUUUUUUUUGGGGGGGGGUUCUUAAGUAACAAAGCGUCUGUUGGUCCUCAAAAGAUGGACAACGUUCUUCCUGUGGCAUGAUCACUGCCCUGCCACUGUUAUGAGGAUUGCUGAAGAUCCUGAAGAACUAAGGAUUAACUUGCCACGCUCAGCCCGGGUAACUUCACUCCCAGUCAGAACACUCCCUCUGUCCCUGCAGUUCUUGUUUUGCUUAUAUAGCACCAUUAGUGUGGUAGCACUUUUUAGUGAGGCAAAAGUGGGAGGGAGUGAAGGAUAGUUCCGUGCCCCCCAAAAAAGCGUUUUCUUUCUAAAUUACAAGUCUCAUUGUUUUCAGUGGAGCUUACUCUGCUUGCGUAUGGAGUACGGCUGAAUUUUAUACAAGAGAAAUACAUCUGAAACUCUGAUAUAUGCAAAAUGGUUUGAGAAAAUGACAGUGUUGUGAUAUUAUCUCUUCCAAAUACAUUUUGCAGCCAGUAAGCUUCCCUGAAGAUUUGCUGAGUUUCUUCUGAUUUUGUCCUGCUUUAAAUUAACAAGUUUUGAUUCCCUUCCUGCAAUACUCACAUACAGUGGUACCUCGGGUUACAAACACCUUGUGUUACAAACACUUCGGGUUACAGACUCCCCUAACCCGGAAGUAGUACCUCGGGUUAAUAACUUUGCCCCAGGAUGAGAACAGAAAUUGCAUGGUGGCAGCGGGAGGCCCCAUUAGCUAAAGUGGUACCUCAGGUUAAGAACGGUUUCAGGUUAAGAACAGACCUCUGGAACGAAUUAAGUUUGUCACCAGAGGUACCACUGUACAUUCAUGGUGUUUAUGGCAAUAACUUUUCUCUCAUAAUUAUGCUUGGCUAACCCCCUUAGAUGCAUUACAAAUCCAUGAACUGAGCCAUCUUGUGCUGUGUGUCAGUAUAACAUGAAACUUACUGAUGGGGAUAGUCAGGAACCGGGGCGGGGGGGGGGGCAGGUUGUGAAUAAGUGACAAUGCUUGCUGGUACAAGGAAUUUUAUCCCUGGUAGAAAUUGCUUGGUUCCAGACAAGCAGCUUGAUUCCCCACCCCACCCUUAUUGCACUGAAACAGCCAUGGAAGCAUCUUGUGAAAGUAAACAGAGCUGGACAGCUCCUGUAGUGCUCAGGUGCAGGUCUGUGUCUGCAAAGAUUCUUGGGGUGGGGGUGGGAAUUUCAACUCCUUGAGAGCACUGGCUUACACUUCAGCCUAUCUGACUGCAAUUAUAUGCUUGAAAAUCUUGGAGCAAUGCCUGAUGAAAUCUUUGUGACCAAAAAGGUUGGCUGAAUAAGAUUUUCAGUAGUUAGGAAAGGGACAUCAGCUUCCUCCACAACUCUUUCACCCUGCCCAUGGUUAGCAAAACCAGAAUAAAUUAUGCAAAAACAGUAAGUUUUGGCUAUGAUAAGGUGUAAUGCGUCAGUAAAUAAAUUUGGAAUCACUCAAGAGAAAUCAUUUAGUUCUGCAUCAUUUGUACAGGUUGCAAAAUUUGUCAUGAUGCAGAGAGCAGAGCCCUGUUCAUAAGAGCUUUUAUGAAGUGGGACCAGAAGCCAGAGCCUCAAAGCAUUUGAGGGGAAGGGCUCUCUUUACACUAUUGAAGGCUCUGAGCAUUGGAUACAGCCCUUUUGUAUCACUGACCGAAUAGCAUCAACCUCAAACCCAACUGGAUCUCAUAUAGCAAUAUGGCAAGAAAGAGGAUUUUGUGAAUAAAAACUUGGUUCUUACUCCUCAUUGUAAACUAAAAUGAAGUGGGUCUAUGGAGAGUCAUUCAUGAGCUAAUGCCAAAAAUCCUGUAUCUGAUUUAUACUACUGUGAACCCAUUUCUCUGUAUUUGUUCAAUAUAAGGGUUAGCUCCUUUUCACAUCACCAAGCCUAUAGAGCUCUCCCUUCCACAGAAGUGAAUGGGGAAGCCAAUAUGGGCAGUGGACUCCUACAUCUGCAUGUUGAAUUGUGUUGCAUGUAAAAGGCUUUAGUGGAGAACCUGUGGCAUUCCAGUUAUGAUUGAACUCCAGCUCCCAUCUGUCCUAGCCAGCAUGGCCAACGGUCAGGGAUGAUGGGAGGUGGAAUCCAACAAAUGCACAGAGGGUGACUGCAAGAGAUUAGGAUCUGUUCAGGGAAGACUAAGAAAACCCUUCCAUGAAUGUUAGGGAUGGGGACUUUUUUCAGGCAGAGGGUCACAUUCUCUCAUGGGGAACACAGUCCAGUGGGGGCACAUUGCUAGUGGUGGGUGGGGCAAGAAGCAAAUGUGGGUAGACUUAUCUUUAUACAGUAGACUAAAAUGUAGGAGGUUUCUGCACCUGCCCACAUCUCUCCAUUCUCCACUCUGGCAAACAAGGGGCAUCUUCACAAUUCAAGAACAUAUUUCAACCAGGCAAAAGCACUCAAAGAGGACAUGAAGCAGAACCAUUGAAGAAGUGGUGGCAUGAGAUUUUCCAGCCCUGCUUUAUGAAAUCAGUUGCAUAAAUCAAUUUUUUUUUUAACAUUUCCUUUCCUAACAUUCAAAUUUAGUUGAUGAUUUGCCUAUUAAUUUGGCUUGAGAUGUUUCCUUUUCUGUUGCAUCCUUUUUAUUUAACAUUGUUCAUGUCUCACCCUGUUUUUUUCCAUUCCCCGCUCCCUGCCCCCUGUCUGCAAUCAACUUCUUCAUCCAAAUAAGGCUGGGCACAGAGUAAGUUUGUUCAUCUUGGCCUGUUGCUAACGUUGGUGGUGGUAGGUGACAACCCACUUAGUGGCUAUUAGAAUGCAUAAAUUUAUACAGAUUCAAGAGCAAUGUCUUGCUAGCUGCAGAUGAUGCUGCAACUACAGUUUUGGGGUGUGGUCAAACUCUUGCAUCAUGGUGCUUCGUUGUGAUGACUUUGUAAACCACUGUCUCAGUUUAGAGGACCCUAUCAGCUGUUUCUAAGUGAGAAGAUCGAUAAUGGCAGACAAGUUCUUCGCUGCUGACUGCAGCAACAGGGGAGUUUGGGGUGUGCUCUACAACACAGUAUGAGGAUGAGACCCUGUAGGCUUGGCCAGCACUACAUGUGAGUUCUGCGCAUACUUUGGCAAAAGUAAGUUGGCAUUCUCAUUGCCAGGGACCGGGGUUUGGAGCUUGAUGCGCUGGUGAGCUUAAGCUGAUAAGCAUUUUGUGGCUGCAGUUAAGUGUCCUCAGCUCCUUUUGCCAACAUCAGGGGAAGUUUAAUGCUCUGUAUUACCACUGCCUGUCUUGCGUAUGACACACCCCAUUUACCUGCAUCUGACUUGUGCAAGGCAUUGUGUGGUGUCACUGCACCAAAGCAACAGCCAAAGCAAAGUGUUACUACAGAAUUGUCUGCUUGCGUGCUGGGAAAAAAAUGUAUCUGGGGGCGAGAUGACUCUUGUCAUCUUGAGACGGAGUGCCAACUUGAAUAAAAUAGGGGGGGGCAAGGUGAGCCCUGCCCUGAAUGAUGGAUCACAAGACAUGGCACACCCAAACCAUUUGAAUAGCAGAGGCCAUCAACUUUGGGAGGGGUGCGGACCCCUCCAAUAUUUUAUUGGGGAGUUGGUGCCUUUGUCUUGAGAUAACAAUGAAAUUACUUGGAUGGGUGAAGUCCUCACUUUUCAAGGAGGAAAAACUGUGGUUGCCAUGUUUGGGCUUCAUGCCAGAUUUAACUGCAGUGGAUUCAAAAACAUUUUAAAACAGUCUUAAUAUCCGAGUGUCACAGGAUUUGGAAGGAAUUACAAAGUGCAAUAAGGAUGCGGCAAUCCCACUGAAAUUUAAUGGGGCUGCCUUCGUUUUAGGGAAACAUCACUUUGUAAGUGAAGGAAUCACGGACAAGACUGGGAACUCUGAAAGUUUUGUGACAUGUUGCUGGAGACUUAAAUGUGUUGUCUUUCCUUUUACUCCUUUGUAAGUUGGUUUUAGUGUUGGGAGACCUUCAUAUCCCGCACCGCUGCAACAGCCUGCCAGCUAAAUUCAAGAAGCUGCUGGUUCCUGGAAAAAUUCAACACAUUCUCUGCACUGGAAACCUCUGCACAAAGGAGAGCUAUGACUACCUCAAGACUUUGGCUGGUGAUGUUCAUGUCGUUAGAGGGGAUUUUGAUGAGGUAACUCAACUGCUAGGUGGGGAAAGAUGGUAGAUUUCUGUUUGUGUUGUGCUGUUCUUUUUUAGUUUAAUUACAGAACUAUUGACCUUGCAAGUCUGUUUAAUAUCACGUGGAUUGUCUUGAGUAAACGGGAUGCGUGUAUUUUGCAUCUGACAAUAGUACCCUUUUAGUCCACCAAUUAACAUGCUGCCAUGCUGUUAUUCUUAAGAAUACAAAAUGGCAUUUUUCUUUGGAAUUGAUAAAACAGAAAGGGAGAAUGGAGUCUUGGUGCGUAUGUGAUUUUUGUGUUGUCGCUUUAAUCCUAGAACUUGAAUUAUCCUGAACAGAAAGUUGUAACUGUCGGACAGUUUAAGAUUGGACUGAUCCAUGGCCAUCAAGUUAUUCCAUGGGGUGACAUGGCCAGCCUGGCGUUACUUCAAAGGCAGUUUGACGUGGACAUCCUAAUUUCAGGGCACACACACAAAUUUGAAGCAUUUGAACAUGAAAAUAAGUUCUACAUCAACCCUGGAUCAGCAACAGGAGCCUACAGUGCUUUGGAAAAGUGAGUUGCUAUAUACCACAAUGUGCUUGUCAUUGCUAACUACAGUUAGUUGACUGAGGUACUCAUGGCUGCUUGUUCUUUGCUAUCAGGUUGGAUUAUUGCAUAAAUUUAUUGUAGAUUUGGGUACAGGAAACAUUCCUGAAUCUAGUCUUAGAAUUUCUUUGCAGUUUGGAAUAUUAUUUUGAUAUCAAAGCACAUAAGGGACUAUGUGCAGUUGAACUUUCCCCAAAAUUUUGAUCACUUUUAAAGUCUUAACCAAUAAAUAAAAUAAUAAAAUACAGUUUGUUUGUGUUUCAGUAGGAGUACCAAGUUGGUUCGUAUUUUGCUUGAUGCAACUUAAGAGGUGUUUGGUGCUAGAGGAUAAAGCAGGAGAUAUUAGAACUGUCUACUGAAUUAUAUUUCCUGACCAAGGCUGCAGAAAUGUCAGGUGGUUAUUUGAGGAUGCUAGUAGGAUUCACUUAAGACCAUCUUGUACGGGGAUCGUAAACCUGUGGGCCCUCCACGUGUUCGUGAACUACACCUCACAUCAUCCCUGACCGCUGGGGGUGCUGAUUGGCACUAAUAGGGGGUCCAACAAACAGCUAGAAGACCAUGGGGGUCACCAUCCCCCAGUGAGUUCAGUGGGACAUUCUCUUAAACAAAGGGGCAGAGAAUUGGUAACUUUAGCUUUCAAAGAAUUUGCUGAGUUCAGAUGCAGUCAUUAAAAUAACACUCACAUGUUUUUUUUUCUACAGCAACAUCAUUCCUUCAUUUGUGCUGAUGGACAUCCAAGCUUCCACUGUUGUUACUUACGUUUAUCAGCUGAUUGGUGAUGACGUGAAAGUAGAAAGGAUUGAAUACAAGAAAUCUUAAAGCAAAGUGCUCAACUUGGCUUUUCUCCGUGGGUUUCUUUUGCGGGGGGGGGGGGGACAAUAUGCACUCAAGAGUCCACAGUGUUUCCAAUAUUGUUAACUUAGGAAAUGAGUCCUCUUCCCCUACUGUAGACAGCAAAGUUUUACAGCAGUUGACUUACUAAAAGUCUGCCUUGGCUUAACUCUUUUCUUUUGCCUAAAAAUUAUUCAUGUCUGUAAAUACCGUUCCAAGUGCACAGCAAAACUCUGUCUGUUCAUAUGAACUAUUCCCAGUAUUGUAAUAAACACUUGUUUAACUUUAAUUUGAUUAAGCUAACAUUAUUUAUAAAAUAUAUCACAAAUCAAGAAACAAAACCCCAAAAUAAAUACAGGUCUUUUGUUUUACUCAUUACACUGCGUUAGUGUAGGAAUACCAAAUGAGUUUACUAUGUCAUAGUGUAAUAGUGUAAGAAACAACUUCUAGAAGAUAAAAAAGGUGUUGCUUGUUUUUCUACUAGUAAUGGCAAGGCUUCUAUGCCAGCUCACUGAAAUACCUCCGGAGGAGGAAAAAAGCAGCAUUUAUAUCAAGUGUUCAGAAUUCUUUGGUUACUGAAUCCUAAUUUCCAGACUGACAGUAUUGUUUACUGUAAUGUAUUCAAAAUAUGGCCUAACAAGUUUCAGCCAAAACUACUGGACCUUGUUCAGCUCUAAGCUCCUUUGGGAGGAAGGUUGGGAUACAAAAUUAAUAAAUAUAGAAUCAGAGAGUUGGAAGGGAACACCCUGUAACGCAGGAAUCGCAGCCAAAGAAUCCUUAACAGGUGGUCAUCCAGCUUCUGCUAAAAAACCUCCAGUGAGAGAGUUCACCUCCGUUCAAGGUGGUCCGUUCCACUGUUGAAUGGCUCUGACCCUCAAAAACAUAUUCUUAAUGUUUAGUCAGAAUCCCCUUUCUUGUAAUUUGAAUCCAUUAGUUUGGGUCCCAGGAAAGUUAAUGGUGGGGUUGGGUUUUGGUUUUAUCAGCUUCACAAGAUAUAUUGUCCUCUGGAAUUGUUCUAGAUUAUCUUAAAAUACUCUGUUAUUUAGGGCUGCUGCAUCAUCCAUUCCUGUACAAAAGAUGUACACACAGUGAUUAGCAGAAAACAUCUCAAUAUAUCUGAACUAUGCAAAAAAUUAAAAAUGCAUAUUGACCGAAGCGGG